AGACAACAUAUUUGAUGCAUUGACAAGACGAUAAUCUGACCCCAAAGAUGUGUUCCACGAACCCAGGCAACUGGGUCACAUUUGAUGAUGACCCCGCUUUUCAGUCUCCUCAAAAGUCAAAGAAUUUCCCUCUAGAGAAUCAAGGCAUCUGUAGACCUAAAGGACUUAAGCUGAAUGUCUCCGGCCUCAGGGAAUUUUCCAGCGGAUCUUCCUCCACCAGCAGCACCCCUCUCCCCUCUCCCAUCAUAGACUUUUACCUCAGCCCAGGACCUCCAAGUAACUCUCCUCUUUCUACACCUACCAAAGACUUUCCAGGUUUUCCUGGAAUCCCCAAAGCAGGGACUCACGUGCUUUAUCCUAUUCCAGAAUCAUCUUCAAACAGUCCACUUACAACAUCAGGAGCAGGUUCCUCAUUACCUACUAAGCCAGCCUGCUUAUCCCAUGCUUCCUUGCCCAGUGACCACUCGUGUGCACAUCCAGCUCCCAAAGUGGGUCUUCCAGAUGAAACUAGCCCUCACCAGACUGUAAGCCUGCAGUUCCAAAGUGACGCUCCCCAGUUUCAGUAUUUUCAGGAUGACUGUGCCUUUUCAAGUCCAUUUUGGAAAGACGAAGGUAGUGCUUCCCAGUUAACCUUUGACCCCCCAGGAAGCAGGAAGACAUUCCCAUCAAAAGCAAAGGAGAUGCCCAUUGACCAAAAAAGCCUGAAUCAGUGUUCACUCAACUAUAUCUGUGCAAAGCUUGAACACCUCCAGUCAGCUGAGAAUCAAGAUUCACUUGGAAAUCUGCCUAUGCGGUGUCUGUAUGCUGAGGACACUGCCUCUUCCUUUGUCCCCCAAGCCCUCUUCCGGAGUCAGCCGAAAGCCGGAUGGUCCUUCAUGCUGAGAAUUCCUGAGAAGAAGAACAUGAUGUCCUCCCGGCAGUGGGGACCAAUUUUUCUGAAAGUCUUACCUGGAGGGAUUUUGCAAAUGUAUUAUGAGAAGGGGUUAGAGAAACCAUUUAAAGAAAUACAGCUUGAUCCACAUUGCAGACUUUCUGAACCCAAAGUUGAGAACUUUAGCGUGGCAGGAAAAAUCCAUACUGUGAAGAUUGAGCAUGUGUCUUACACGGAAAAAAGGAAGUACCAUUCCAAGACGGAAUUAGUUCAUGAACCAGACAUAGAACAGAUGCUGAAGCUGGGGUCUACAGAGUACCAGGACUUCCUCGACUUUCUGACUACUGUGGAUGAAGAGCUGAUGAAGCUGCCGGCUGUUUCAAAACCAAAAAGGAGCUACGAGGAACAAGAAAUUUCCCUGGAAAUUACGGACAACUUUUGGGGUAAAAUCACUAAAGAAGGAAGAUUGGUUGAAAGUGCUGUGAUAACGCAAAUCUGCUGCCUCUGCUUCGUGAAUGGGAACAUGGAAUGCUUUUUAACCUUGAAUGACCUUGAGCUGCAGAAGCGAGAUGACCGCUAUUUUGAAAAGGACCCAGAAAAAAAGGGAAUUGAGAUCCUUGACUAUCAUUUUCAUAACUGUGUGAAAGCACAAGAAUUUGAGCUAUCGAGAAUCAUUAAGUUUGUACCUCUGGAUGCCUGCCGGUUUGAGCUGAUGCGUUUCAAGACUUUGUAUCAUGGGGAAGAUCUCCCUUUUUCCGUGAAGUCUGUAGUCGUUGUCCAAGGAGCUUAUGUGGAGCUCCAGUCCUUCGUCAACAUGGCCCCCUUGGCUCAGAAACCAUCCCAAGCUGGUUCCUUGAGGUCCUGUGACAACAUAAUGAUACACUUUCCUGUCCCGUCACAGUGGAUCAAGGCCCUCUGGACCAUGAACCUCCAGAGGCAGAAGUCUCUGAAAGCCAAAAUGAACCGCCGAGCUUGUCUGGGGAGUUUACAGGAACCCGAGACAGAACCUGUCAUACAGGUCACUCUGGGGUCAGCGAAAUAUGAGAGUGCCUACCGAGCUGUGGUAUGGAAGAUAGACCGGCUUCCUGACAAAAAUUCAAGUUCCGAUCAUCCCCAUUGUCUGUCAUACAAACUAGAGCUUGGAUCAGACCAAGAAAUUCCAUCUGAUUGGUAUCCAUUUGCUACUGUUCAGUUUGUUACACUUGACACCUUUGCCUCAAGGACAGAGGUCAGGUCUCUGGGCGUGGAGAGUGAUGUCCAGCCUCAGAAGCACGUUUAUCAGCGAGCUUGCUUCAAUAUCCAGGUUGAAAUAGAAAAGAAGUGGAUUAAAAUCGCCGGAGAGGACCCAGAUAAAGCUGGUGGCUGCGUAACUCAGUAAGAGCAGCAAGAGGCCACGAUGACGGCGGCCCACUUUUCAAAUAUGUAAUCCACAGAAACCAUACCCAGUUCUGCUACUGCAUAGUGGAAAUGACUUCUGAAUAGAGGGCUUAGGACAGGUCCCGUGGCUGUGAUUAGAGAAGGUUAGACCUGAAAUCCAACAAUCUGAAUUUUAUACUUUUGAUAUGUUUGUGUCCCGGGGCUUUGAUCUAAAAUGUGUCUAUGGUUUGUGAGAUGUUUUUGCUUCCUAUUGAAACCCAAAGGCACUGUUAGUCUAUGUGUGACCCAGCAGCCAGAUUGGCUAAAUGAUUUUUAAUUUUUGAUUCCUCGGUGGCUCUUGGUUUUGUACUUUGAAUUACCGAGGUGUCGUAUUUAUUCUCCUCAGUCUCCACCUGUUCUUGCCAUGGGCACUGGUAACAGGGUAAGGCAAUCAAAGGAAACAUGAACCAAAAAGACUUAGUUUUCCUCUCUCUGAGAUGUGGCUAGGCGUAGAAUGAUGUUUACACCACAGGCGGAAAUGGAGAUUUGGAGGUAUUGU